AUGUCCUACAGGUGUCUUCGAAGCAGGGGCAGGGAGAGGAGCAGCACCAGGGAGAGGACUAAACACCUUGAGACCACUGAAAACGGAGCGGCUGCUGACUGCAGGGAACCGUUGGUUGUUGUUAACAGCCAAGGGGCAGCAUCAUGUCAUCAGUUUGUUUCUAAUUUAAAGAUAACAAUCUUUAAACGCUGCUUGUCUGUUUUCCCCACAGGUAAAUAUGUCUAUCAGCCCAUGACACCGGUAGAGCAGCUUCCCAGCACCGAAAUCCCCGUUCGCCCUCGGGAGUCUACAAACACCAUCCAGAUCUCUGUUUCGCUCACCGAACACUUUUUGAAGUUCGCUCCUGUCUUCCAGCCCCCUCUGCCCCCCGACUCCCCGCAGUUCUGCACAAUCGCAGACCUCUUCAUUGACAAUUACCGUGUGAAAUGCAUCAACGGGAAGAUGUGCUACGUGCAGAGGCAGCCUCCCCCCCUGCCCCACAAGAUAAAGCCCGAGGAAGUCCCUGUUCGCAAUGCCUUAAUCACAAAAGAGAGCAAUACACCAAAACCAGAUCACUGCUCGUCCCCUUCCAGCUCCGAGGACUCCGGGAUCAAUGCGGUGGGGGUUCACUACAUGGAGUCAUGCGAUGAGGACACGGAGGGGGUGGCUGAGCUGAGUUCGGAAGAGGAUUACAGCCCGGAUAGCAGCUGGGAGCCAGAUGAAUGCCCGCUCUUAUCACCCUCGCAGUGCGAAAUGGAAGUGAUUGAGACUAUAGAAACCACCGUGUGAUCCGACAAGUUGCUAUCAGAUCAGUCCAGUUCCCACUCAGUAAUGUUGCUUUUGUAGUAUUUAUAUUUUCUGUUUUUUCUGACAAUCCCUUUUUUCCGGUGCACUUGAUAUUUUAGAUUCCUCAUGGGAGUGCAGUCACAGGACUCACAUACUGGUGAACUAGCAGCAGCCUGAGCAAUUUUAAUGUGUUCUCAGCCUGAUCAAAUCCCCCACGUCUGCACAUAAGGUAGUGAUAAGUCCGAAGACUUUUAUAGCCGAAAUAGGCCCUUUUCUUGGUCCGCGUUACAUCAUAUGCUACUUCUCAUGCACAGAUGGGCCACUCGAGAUGUUUCCAUCUGUCAGGAUGUUUGCCGUGGGCCUCCAAAGCACAGAGGGUGAGCUGGUGCGGCACGCCUGUGAGCAGCAAAACCAAGUUGCCCUUAUUCUUUCUCAAACAGCUACACGAUGUGUGGCGACAAGAGGCUCUUUCUGUCUCUGUCUGUCCUUGCGCAUUGUCCAUCCUUUUCUCUAGUGCUGGUGCGACCCUUCGCGAAGGAUGUCAGCACCACUCUUCCAGUGGGUUGGUACGGCAGGCUAGAGAACGCACAAAGUGCCUCCAACUUUUCUCCAGGCUAUGCACUGAGCAUCUGCUGAGUUAGGUCAGGCUCUGAAAGCUCCUGAGAAGGCAACUCUUGCUCCAGAAGGGGAUCAGCUGGUCCUUUUCUCUACAUGAAUCUCGGGAAGGGGAUCUGGCUUUUACAACUCAGCAGGAGGGGGGAGCAGGCAGAGAUGAAGCGCGGCCGUCUAACCAAUACCAUGCUAGACCGGGGUAUAAAAUGACAGGCAAAGGAAGUGACUACCUCCAAACACUCAACAUCCGCCCUCAGCUUUGCCUGCUGCUUCCUCCUGUGCUGUUUGGUGCCAGACACGUGCACUCAGGACCAAAUGGCCUCAGGGCCUGCAUCUGCCUGAAGAAUAACAAAUUUUAAGAAAAGUUUAUCAGCCACACCACUGUGUCAGCAGAGCUUGGGGACAGCGUGGAGGUGCCCGUGGGAGGCGGUCCACAGGCUUGCUACAUACAGGCUAAGGUCAUUUGAGCAGAGAGAGGAAGCUUUGGCUCCUUUGCACCCAGUUCAAGAGUGGAUUCUGAACAGGGGCUUCCUCAAAUAGCUGGUAAGGGUGAGCUGUCUCGCUGGCAGUUUGGUUUCAGCCCUGCUUGACAAAACAAAACGUCGUUCUCAGAUUUCAGUCAGCUUGAAUCAGUUGGAGUCAGUAAUAACUGUGUUUUCAACAGCAUUACUGAAUUUCUUUGUGUAUUUGCUGUUUACGUUUCAGAAGUCAUUGGUGAAUAUAAGGCUGUAUAAAUGUGUACAGUUUAGUGAUUGAUACUAGAUUAUAGUCCAUGUUAUAGGAUGACUCAUCUCUCUCACUGUAUCCUGACAAUGUAUUACUAAUUUUAUACACUUUGUAAUCAGUAUCUUUAGAAAAUGUUUAGGCAACAGUGUGUGUAUGUGCACAUGCGCGUGUGCUAGGAGUUUACCAUAAAUGGUUAUAAAAUAAUACUGUACUUUUUAGACUAACACUUUCAGACAAAAAUGAUAGGUUUUAUAGUUUUGAUGACUUACAUAAAAAAAGUGCAAUGCUUGUUAAAUGAGGAACUUGGGCCAUUGCAUGAACAGGCACCUGAAAAUACUCUGUUUUUUCUGAGGGCAUUUAAUCAGAGGCUGUAGUAAACUAAAUAGGAUUUAUUUAUUUUUUAAGGGUGGGGUUGCCUGUGUUCGUUAACUGAAGGUUUCUAACAACAUUUUAGUGUCCUUUGACCAUUCAGACACAUUCCAUAGGUAGAAGGAAGCAUUAUGUAUAAACCUACAGCAUUUAUUCAUAUUUAAUCUUUCAAUUGUACUCUGAGUGGAGAGCUGACAAAGCUCCCUCCUGUGCCUGCCCUGCCCCAGCUCUCUCCCCAGGGGUGGAUUCUCCCUGCCGGGAGGAGGGACAGGCUGGCAGAGGCACCCUUCCCAGGACCCGAGGACAGGGUGCUGCUCUUCGCCAGCUCUCGCUGCGGGCACCAAGCACAGCAAAGGUCCUGGGGACCCUCUGAUUUAGCAUGAGCUCACCUUAUUUGCGAGCAAACAGGAGCCGCCACCUCCCGCUUCGAGGGGGCACCAGCUGGGAGCACAGUGGACGUCGGCUGGUUGGGUGUUUAUGACCAAGACUUGCGGUAAGAUCCCGUGGUCUUGCAGGUUCGUAUCACUGUUGUCAGGAUACAUUCUUUCUUAACUGUAAGUAAUUAGCAAUAUUCACAAGCUGUGAGUGUCUCCUACCCAGGAUUUGUUCAGAUGUCUUAAGCACAAUAAGCUGCCUCUUCUUUUUGUCGUACCUGCAAAAGGUCAGUGGAGCCACCAGGUGUGGGGCAGGGCUAGUUCUGGACAGCGUUUCAGCAGCCAGCACAGGGACAGGUUUCUCACUGUGCUCCAUCAUGCACCCCAGUUCAGAAACGUGGUUUCUUUUCUUUGCACAAACGCUGGUGUAGACGUGCUGCAAGAGACAUGCCCUGGGCUCCUUACUCCACUCUGCCAGGGAGAGGCGUGUAUAUUUCCUCUUCAAUAAAAUACUGAACAACU